AGACACGCAGCGAUAACAGCUUCUGAUCAUCGGGUUUUGUGCACAUAAGAGGUAUAAAACCAGCUUGCAGUACGCAUAAAUCGCACCAUUGAUCGCUCAACAGUUGACGACGCAUUUGAUUCGGUUUAAGUUUCUCGUUACAAAAGAACAAUGGCAUCCGAUGAAGGAAAGUGCGGUGGAGUCAGCCAUACCGAAAAUCUGAACCACCCGGAACAUCACGAGUUCAUCAAGGCUGCCCUGGGUCAGACGGGAACGCACGCCGGGCGGAAGUACAAGUUGAUCCGCGCCACCCAGCAGGUGGUGGCCGGAACGCUGCACACGUUCUACAUCAUCUUCGAGGAUGACGAAGCGCAGCAGGAGUACAAGAUCACGGCCUGGAGCCGACCGUGGCUGCAGGAAAAGGGCGAGGCACUGAAAUUGACCUUCGAUAAGCACGACAAGAAGUAAGUGCUUUGCGUUCAAUUAGCAGAAGUAUUUUUUUUUUUUUAGUGUUUUUUAAUCGUUUGUUGA